CACUCAGUCCAGGGGCCCUUUGAGCUGUUCCUUCUUGACUGGCACACACAGCUCGCUCCUUCACUUCCUUUCCCAUCCACUGCCGGGCCCAAGCCGGCCUUCCAGGGAGCAGCCAUGCCUUACUUCUACCGAGCUCCAGGGCCCCAGGCACUCCCAGUUCCCAAGGACGCCCGGACCACCCACUCCUCAGGCCAGAGCUUUGAGCAGCUGAGGCAGGAGUGCCUGCAGAGAGGCACGCUGUUUGAGGAUGCAGACUUCCCGGCCAGCAAUUCCUCCCUGUUCUACAGCGAGAGGCCGCAGGUCCCCUUUGUGUGGAAACGACCAGGGGAAAUCGUGAAAAACCCGGAAUUCAUUAUCGGAGGGGCCACCAGGACUGACAUCUGCCAGGGGGAGCUGGGAGACUGCUGGCUAUUAGCCGCCAUCGCCUCCCUUACGCUUAAUCAAAAAGCGCUGGCCAGAGUCAUCCCCCAGGACCAAAGUUUUGGCCCUGGUUAUGCGGGGAUAUUCCAUUUCCAGUUCUGGCAGCACAGCGAGUGGCUGGACGUGGUGAUCGAUGACCGUCUGCCCACCUUCAGGGACCGCUUGGUUUUCCUCCACUCUGCCGACCACAAUGAGUUCUGGAGUGCCUUGCUGGAAAAAGCCUACGCCAAGCUAAACGGGAGCUAUGAAGCUCUGAAGGGAGGCAGCGCCAUCGAGGCCAUGGAGGACUUCACCGGGGGUGUGGCAGAGACCUUCCAAACUAAAGAGGCCCCAGAGAACUUCUAUGAGAUUCUAGAGAAGGCUUUGAAGAGGGGCUCCCUGCUGGGCUGCUCCAUUGACACCAGAAAUGCUGCAGAAUCUGAGGCCCGGACACCAUUUGGUCUUAUUAAGGGUCACGCCUACACUGUAACGGGAACUGACCAGGUAAACUUCCGAGGCCAGAAAAUCGAACUCAUCCGAGUGCGGAACCCUUGGGGCCAGGUUGAGUGGAAUGGGUCAUGGAGUGACAGUUCUCCAGAGUGGCGUUCUGUUGGUCCAGCUGAGCAGAAGCGUCUGUGUCACACUGCUCUGGAUGAUGGAGAAUUCUGGAUGGCAUUUAAGGACUUCAAGGCCCACUUCGACAAAGUGGAGAUCUGCAACCUUACUCCUGAUGCCCUGGAGGAAGAUGCAAUUCACAAAUGGGAGGUGACAGUCCAUCAGGGAAGCUGGGUUCGUGGCUCCACAGCUGGGGGCUGCCGCAAUUUCCUGGAUACCUUUUGGACCAAUCCACAAAUAAAAUUGUCUCUGACUGAGAAAGACGAGGGGCAGGAGCAGUGUAGUUUCCUUGUAGCCCUGAUGCAGAAAGACAGAAGGAAACUCAAGAGAUUUGGUGCCAACAUGCUGACAAUCGGCUAUGCCAUUUAUCAGUGCCCUGACAAAGACGAACACCUCAACAAAGACUUCUUCAGAUACCACGCUUCUCAGGCCAGAAGCAAGACAUUCAUCAACCUGAGGGAAGUCUCCGAACGGUUCAAGCUGCCCCCUGGGGAUUACAUCCUGAUUCCCAGCACUUUUGAACCCCACCAGGAAGCUGAUUUCUGUCUGAGAAUCUUUUCAGAGAAGAAAGCCAUUACCAGGGAUAUGGAUGGAAAUGUAGACAUUGACCUUCCUGAGCCUCCGAAGCCAACUCCACCUGACCAGGAGACAGAGGAGGAGCAGCGGUUUCGAGCUCUGUUCGAACAGGUCGCUGGUGAGGGACAUGGGGGGACCACCAGAGGAGCUGAGUAUGUUUUAAAUGCUGUGCUGCAAAAGAAAAAGGACAUCAAAUUCAAGAAGCUAAGCCUGAUCUCCUGUAAAAACAUCAUCUCCCUGAUGGACACCAGCGGCAAUGGGAAGCUAGAGUUUGAUGAAUUCAAAGUGUUCUGGGACAAGCUGAAGCAGUGGAUUAACCUUUUCCUUCGGUUUGAUGCUGACAAGUCCGGCACCAUGUCUACCUAUGAGCUGCGGACAGCACUGAAAGCUGCAGGUUUUCAGCUGAGCAGCCACCUCCUGCAGCUGAUCGUGCUCAGGUAUGCGGAUGAGGAGCUGCAGCUGGACUUCGAUGACUUCCUCAACUGCCUGGUCCGGCUGGAGAACGCGAGCCGGGUGUUCCAGGCUCUCAGUACGAAGAACAAGGAGUUCAUUCAUCUCAACAUAAACGAGUUCAUCAAUUUGACGAUGAACAUCUGAGGCUGCCUGAUAGAGAUGCACCCUGCCCAGCUGAAUCUUGGCUUCUGGACCUUGACCUUCAGAACUUCUCCUGGCGUGGAACGAUCGCGCCCAGCCCUCUCAUCAUCCGGCCUUCUCCCUUCUCCAUCUUGAUCUGGGAAGAAUGAAAUGAACCCAGCUAUACUCUCUGA